UCGCUUCACCAAGACCACUCUCCCCGACCGUUCUACCACACAAUCUCAACCCACCUCCGAUCCCCAACGUCCCCCACGUCCCCCACAGUCCCAACCCUCCGAUAACAUCAUGUCUGACGACUGGGAAUCCGUUACCAAGAUCGGCAGCCGAACCCGUGGCUCUGGCGCAGGGCCCCGCGAGACUGUCGUGCGAGGAAAGGGUGCGCUGAACGCCGCCCAGAGGAGUGGGGCUAUCGUUGCUACUGAGAAGAAGUUCGGUGCUGGGAAUGCGGCCACCAAGCCUGCAGUUGAAGGCCAGCACCUCACCAAAGUCGACCGCUCCGACGACAUCGUGAAGCCCAAGACCGUCGGCGUCAGAGUCGGCGACGCCAUCAAGAAGGCCCGGUCAGAGGCGAAGAAUGACAAAGGCGGCACCAUGACCCAGAAGGACCUCGCGACCAAGUGCAACAGCACGCCCACCAUCAUUGCCGACUUCGAGCGGGGCACCGCUGCGCCGGACCAAAAGCUAUUGGGGAACAUGGAGCGGGUGCUGAAUGUCAUUCUGCGGGGCGACAAGAUUGGGGACGUGAAGUUCCCGAAGAAGAAGACCUAGGCGGGCACAUGCUAGUGCUGGGUUUUCAUGACAUCGGUAUCUCACUGCCUGAUAGUGGCAGGCGAGUUGACGAGACAGUGGCUUUAGCGGGCGUUUGGGCACAAAGCUCGGGACCAAUCGAGGCGUAGUCGAUGAGGCUGCUCUUUCUCUGAUGUCGAUUUCAUAGACUUCUUGGGUUAUGCAUGCUCAUAGGAAAUGAUCACGAUUUUGGCGUUGACCUAGUUGCUCCUCUGACAAAGCGCUUGCAACCCGUCUUAGUUUAUGGACCACCUUGACGAGUAUACGUGAGGCUUUGUUACUCUUACACUGGCCAAAUGAACACCAUUCUGUUUCCUUGAUGACUACUCCACGUCCUCCCGAUGCUCCGCAAUGAGCUGAUUCUUAAUAUCCAAAUCCAUCUCCAUCUUUUGCUCAUCAGUUGCAUCUGUCAAAUGCACGACGACGGGAUCUCCAAACAG